AUGGCCAGCAUAAUCCGGCUCAUCCGGACACAAUAUACGCCUCCGACAGACCCUAAGAUCUCAUUUGCAGGAAAGACUGUCGUCUUGACUGGCGCAACGGCCGGGCUUGGAUUCGAAGCUGCCAUCAAGCUCUUGACUUUGGGGGUUGAGUCCUUGAUCAUCGGCAGCCGAAGCCUGCAAAGAGGCGAAGCAACCAAGGAAGAGCUUGAGCAACGCACAAACAGGCCCGGGGUCGUACAAGUAUGGGAGCUGGAGAUGAGCAGCUUCCAGAGCGUCAAAAAGUUUGCUAGCCGAGUGAAUGAGCUAAAACACCUGGAUGUUGCCCUUCUCAAUGCGGGCCUUUGGAACCGAGAAUACACUGCAUCGCCGGAGGGGUGGGAAGAAACUUUGCAGGUUAAUACGCUAUCGACUUCUUUGCUGGCGCUUUUGGUGCUUCCGAAAUUGAGAAGCUGCUCAUCUGCAUCCGAGCCAACACAUCUGACUGUCGUCUCAAGCCAGCAAUUUGCCCGAGUUCAGGCAAAGAGCCUCCAGACGGAAGGGCCAUUACUAAAACAUCUUAACGAGGCGAAGGCGUUCAGCGGCCCAAAGCAGUAUGGCAUUUCAAAGCUUCUUCUAGAGUAUGUUCUGAAGACGGUAGCUGGUCGUUUGCGAAAUGAGAAUGGGACCGUCCCGGUGAUCAUCAACACCGUUAGCCCUGGGCUCUGCGUGUCAUCCCUUGGACGACAAUAUAAGAGAUUUUACCACCGAUUGGUGGUCUGGGUCAUGUAUAAGCUUUUCGCUCGGACGACCGAGCAAGGGAGCCGGUCACUGGUCAGUGCGACAUACCAGGGUGUGGAAUCGCACGGACGGUGCUGGCGUAGCGAUGGAUAUCUAGACGAAUCGGCGGCGCUCACAACAGGAGUGGAGGGUAAGCAAUUCCAGGCAAAAGCUUGGAAGGAGAUUAUGGAUGUUCUCAAGCAACAAUCGGAGGGUCUUGAAGGUGCAUUGAGAGGACCAGGAUGA